AGGAAGGAGAAAACCUAACUGCAAUCUUCACUUUUCAACACAACAAAAGCAAUCGACACAUCUAAAACUGCUAUAGUAGAACGAACGAAAACACAUAGUAUCAAAAAAGGGGCAAAUCAAUCAAGAUUCACGGACCCAAUUGUUGUCACUUCGACCUCCUACACAGAAAUGGUUUCAGAAUCUUCUGUGGAGAAAAAGCAAAAGGCCAACCUUGGUCGCAAUGAUUCUUCUUCGUCAUCAUCAACAGAUGAAAAUGACUUUAGACGCCCUGAUGUACACAAGAAGUUUCACCUCUUUGGCCGUCAUAAAUCUCUUCACGCUGCUCUAGGUGGUGGCAAACUGGCUGAUAUUUUACUGUGGAGGAACAAGCAGAUAUCAGGAGGAUUAUUUGCUGGUGCAACUAUCAUAUGGUUUCUGUUCGAGUGGAUUGGUUAUCAUUUGCUCACUUUUAUUUGCCAUUCACUCAUAGUUUCCUUGGCCAUCUUGUUCUUUUGGUCCAAUCUCUCCCUCUUUGUCAACAAGAGUUUAAUAGAGUUUCCAAAGAUUGAAUUACCAGAGGAACCGUGGACGCAAGUGGCUCUUCUACUGAGGGAUCAAUUCACCUGUGCAUUUGGUAUCUUUCGAGAAGUAGCAUCUGGAAAUGAUUUGAAGAAGUUUCUUUAUGCAAUUUUUGGCUUGUGGAUUGUUUCCAUUGUUGGCAGGUGGUUCAAUCUUCUGACCCUUGUAUACAUCAUAUUUGUCAUGCUGUUGACUGUACCAUAUUUCUAUGAGAAGUAUGAUGAUCAAGUAGAUGCCUAUGGAGAAAUGGCCAUAAAAGAGCUCAGAAGACAAUACAGUCAAUUGGAUGAGAAAGUUCUUCAGAAACUACCAAUUCCUUUCAUUAAAGACAUUAAACAGGACUGAUGAAACUCUUCUCUCAGGCAGAUAUUGCUUCACUUCAAGAAUACAAUGCAGCCUUCAACUUAUUUAUGGAUUGGGAAGAGGUGAUGAGGCAGGACAUAGCGUGAUUUCAGCUUUGUGAGGACAUUGCCCUUGAUAGGAAGGUGUGAAAUAUCAGGAUUGAAAGUUAGGAGUUAGUUGAGCAUUUUUCUAUUUCGUACUGGGUGUGAGGCUAGUCUGAUAGUGUUUUGUGUUCAUACUAUUUUUUCGUUUUCAUAGUACCGUGCCAUUGUUACGGGUUAUUGUUAUUGCUGUUUCCAUCUAUUUUCUGGUUCUUACGAUGCUGGUAUAAUCUUUCUAGUCCUUGUUGACUUGUUA